AUGUCUCACAGGCCUGCUCCUCCAGGCCACGUUGACUUCCGAGAAAGCCGUCAUGAAGGCACGAUAGAAGGAUCUGGCGGCUCAAAGAGCAUCAGACUCUCGUUGAGGUCUUCAUCAUCGAGCCAUCGUUCUACUUCAUCUGGCGCUAGUUCCAAGUCUUUGUCAUCGGAAGAGGUCGAAUCAUUGCAGAGAGCAUUUUCUCCCAACGAGAUUAGCAUCUCACUAGUUCAUUCGGAGAUAGAACGUCAUCAAUAUUCAGAUUAUGCCGAGGUUCGCCCUCCCAGUGUGGUGCCGGAAGGACCUGCGGAAGAAAUCCCCCAUGUCCCAACCGGGCUUUUUGACGGGGAACUUUUUGAGAGUCCUGACUCAGAUCUCUCGUCGGAGAGAUCCUAUGUCUCCGCCAACGAGCCGGCUUCAGGGGAAAAAGAAGGCUCAAACACUACUUCCGAUCGCCCCAGGCCAAGACGACAUAGAAGUACAGCAUACUCGGCUCGGACAUACCCCAUAAGAACGGCCAAGGAACGCAGCCCCAAGGUCCACUCUGUUCCCGCGUCAGAAGGCGGACCGGGCUUUUAUCAAUUUCCAUCCACCGAGCCUGGGGUGACGGUCGAAUUGCGGAAGCCCACAACCUCGGACUCACCGAAUAGCAUGUACUACAGCCCCCCAACAUUCCAAUACCAGAAACCGAUGCGGCCAGUCACCUAUUGGUAUGGCCAGAGAGCCUCGUAUCGAUACAAAAAGCCCAGCAAGUCCACGCAAGAUCCCCCGCCGCCCCCACCGGCCAUCGUCACACCCGCUCAGCCUGUGUCAGGGCCUUCGCCACCCCCGGCGCUGGAGGUAGAGUCGCCGCCGGGCAGUAUCUACAGAUUGCACGCUCGUCCUGUAGCUAAUGCAUCCAGUUUCUUGCGGUUUGUUGCAGGGCAAAGGUCGGCCAAGCGUACAUUCCUUAAGCCGAAUCCAUGACAAGAAAACAACGCUACAUGACUCGUAACAUCAUCAGAACAUCUAGGUGCAUCACUUCACAAUCGACGGCUACUUACCCCAGUCGUGGGAGGAUUGUGUUGGAUCUUUCAUGCUUCUGGUACCAGUCUUACUAUCAUCAAAUUGUUAUUCAACAAUCGCUGCUGUUCCAGUCGAGCACCAGGGGCGGCGUCGUAUGAAUAAAUUUUGUAAUGGAACGUGUAAGCACACAGGCGCGAGGGUCGCUAAAAUCCAACAGCAACAGGAGGCACAGCUUCCAUGCCAGAGAAAGACAGUACUCGUGGCUGCUGCUGAGCUCUUCCUCGUCUGGGUCAUUGAUGGGUUGGGACAUCCGCAUCAGUGCAGAGACUCGGAGUUGUUAUGGAGGGCUGUCCAAGAUAGUGAAGUUCAUCCUGUUGAUCUUGCUUGAGUGAAGGGCACAUCAAGCCACAGUAAGAUUCUGCUAGAUAACUAAUUAUAAGAUAUAUCGGGAC